AAUACAGCAACACAUAUUUAAUCAUUUAUGACAGAUGUGCAAAUACAAAUAGAGGGAAGUCGCUCAGUAUCAGGAUGAGCGAAUCAGCCUUGUAAUGAGUGUAGAGUGCGAGGUCGAAUCACUCGGACUUCUGUAAGCGAAAUCAUUCGCAACGAGAUGAAAUUUCAACUAUUUGUGUUUGUCGCUGCCCAACUCGCCUUCACAUCUCAUGCCUUGGAUUUGUUCACCAUUACACAGAUCAACUAUGCAAUCAUUCAAUCGGGACUUAGCCAGCUGGGAGAGGCCACAAGGCAGUUUAAUUGUACCAUCAGUGAACAGGAGCAACGUGCCGUAGCUGCUCUAGAUGGAGUGAAUAAGUUCAUAGAGCAAACUUUCUACGGAUUAACUUAUCAAUACCCACAGCACAGUAUGGUCCUGAGUCAGAUGAAUUUAUCACUAGAUACGGAUCAGAUUUCCAAGGUAUCCAGUUACAAAUCAGUGGUGACGGACUUCGCUAAUAAAUCGAAAAACAGUUUCGUCCGCCUCACUAUGACCGCGUCGAAUUGGAUAAUGCAACUUCAUUCAUAUACCAUGGCACAGAUCGCCGCCUUACCGAAAAACUGCUCCGAUCAGUACGCUUUACAAUUUAUAGGACCUUUGGCAUCAUUUGAUAGAAUGCAACAUUGCUCCGGAUCGGUGGGUCCUCACUUUGAAGCAACAGUCAACACUACCAUCAGGAUGUUGAACUUUGGCAGAAAUAUGGCCGCUGAUAUCUUCCGCUUUAUGGAUCUUUGUUCGCCGAACUCGACGGCUUGUGUACGGAAAGUUUUGAAUCGUAACUCACUACUAUUAGACGCCUUUCAGUACAUGCCCCAAAUGUACACAAUGCCUUGGAAGGAUACCUGGUUCGACUGUGUAUCGUUAAUAUAUGUAGACAUUCAAAACACACUGAGUAAUCUUUUCUCCAGUGAGCAUACUUGUUAAAGAGCUUCAGUACUUAUAUGUGUAAUAUCAAUUUAUUUUUGUAUAAAUAUUUGUUCAUGGAACAUUUGAAUAAAAUUCGUAGUCUAUUUGAAA